AUGGUGGGUCCUUCCUCCGUGAUGGCACCACCUCUGUCCCUGAGGCUGAAGUACAUGUCUCUGGGGGUCCUGGUGCUGCAGACCACCUCGCUGGUCCUCACUAUGCGCUUCUCUCGCACUCUCAAAGAGGAGGGCCCCCAGUACUUGCCGUCUUCAGCUGUGGUGUCGGCUGAACUUCUCAAAAUAGUUGUGUGCACUCUUAUUGUCUUUGUGCAAAACGAUUUGAAAGUUGGAGCCAUGAACCAGCAGCUGAAAGUGGAGAUUGUUGACAAGUGGACAGAGACACUGAAAUUGGCCAUUCCUGCAGGAAUCUACACGCUACAGAACAACCUGCUUUAUGUGGCUCUGUCCAACCUGGACGCAGCCUCCUAUCAGGUCACAUACCAACUGAAGAUCCUCACCACGGCACUUUUCUCCGUCUCGAUGUUGGGAAAGAAGUUAAGGACCCCCCAGUGGCUCUCGCUGCUCAUCCUAAUGGCUGGAGUGGCUUUGGUGCAGUGGCCCCUGGAGUCUGUGGGGGACUCUGAGCAGAAGGUGCUGUCUUCCACGUCUCAGUUUGUGGGAGUGAUGGCGGUGCUCAUGGCCUGUGUGUCCAGUGGAUUUGCUGGAGUUUACUUCGAAAAGAUCCUCAAAGAGACUAAACAGAGCAUCUGGCUUAGAAACAUACAACUGGGUUUGUUCAGCUUCAUCAUGGGCUCCAUUGGGAUGCUGGUUUAUGAUGGAGAGAGUGUGAGCCGAGCAGGCAUAUUUCAGGGCUACAGCGCCAUCACAUGUGUGGUUGUCGUAUUGCAGGCUCUUGGUGGCUUGGUCGUAGCAGUCGUCAUCAAAUAUGCAGACAACAUUCUCAAAGGGUUUGCAACUUCAGUGUCCAUCAUUGUGUCCACAUUAAUCUCAUAUUUUAUCCUUGCUGACUUUAAUCCAACGAGUGUAUUCUUUGUCGGGGCCCUGCUCGUCAUUGCUGCCACAUUUCUCUACAGUUAUGAGGUCAAAACCCCCAUAGCAAAUGCAAUGACGGUAUAA